AACAACAACAACAACAACAAACCGAUGAUGGCCUUAACGCUGAAACAACAAAUAUACGCAAAAAAAGAGGAUUAUCUGAGUGGCUAAUAGCACCAAAUACGCGUUGGUGCGGUAGAGGGAAUACGGCUAAUGGUACUUAUAAUGUAAUUGGUGGCGCUUCGCUAGCCGACAAAUGUUGCCGGCGUCAUGAUCACUGCCCAACAUAUAUUUCAGCUAUGAGUAAUCGCUAUGAAUUAUUCAACUAUCGACCUUAUACACUGUCAUCCUGCAUGUGCGAUCGUAGAUUUCGCACCUGUCUAAAAAUGGCCAAUGAUGAAGAUGCGAAUACGAUUGGACAAUUAUUUUUUAAUUUUGUGCAAACGCAAUGUUUUGUUUUAAAAACUGAGACAAUAUGUAGAAAGCGUGGUGCUGAUGGUAGUUGUGAAAAAGAAGAGGUCAAGAGAAAAGCAUAUUUACGAAAUAAUAAAAGAUUUUAAAUUAAAUAUUUGACAAAAAAAAAAAAAUAUUUAUAUUUUAAAUCAGUUAAACUAAUUUAAAUUUAAAUUUUAAAAAUAUUUUAUAAAAUUGUAACAAAAAAGGAGACUGCUAACGUACUUAUAAAUGUACUUAUAGAAUAUGCAUAAAAGCUUUAAUAUAUGUUUACGACGUCACUUUGGCUAAAAUGAUGAGAAGAGCAUGGCUGUAAUAUGUGUUGGCAACGCAAGCAUUGUCAGCUUUUGAG